CCACCUCCUCCUCUUCCUCCCCCCCCACAGCACACAUGCAGGCCAAGAAGCGGUACCUGCUCGUGUCUGUGGGGGCCGGUCUUCUCUUCCUCGUCUACCUGUGGGGUCUGCAGAUCGGGGAGUUCCAGCAGCAGCCGUACCAGUACCACCAGUUGCCCCAGUACCCCCAAUACCACCAGUACCCCCAGCAGGAGGACCAGUACUACCACCAGAGCCAGGACGCGUACCAGCCCCUGCCCCAGAGAAGCCCGUCCAGACCGUCCAGACACUGGCCCGAGCCCACCCAGCUGCUGGAGCCGUACCUGGAGGGGGGGGAGCAGGAGGAGGACAGCCCCCAGCUCCAUCACCAGCACACCUCUCCUCGGGAACGGCGUGCGAUCCGGGACAACAUCUACCGGAACAAGCGCUGCCGCAUGGAGACCUGCUUCGACUUCGCCCGCUGCCAGUCGGGCUUCUCCGUCUACAUCUACCCGGCGCAGAGGGGGGACCAGAUCUCCGAGACCUACCAGAAGAUCCUGUCCUCCAUCGAGGAGUCUCGCUUCCACACCACGGACCCCUCGCGGGCCUGUCUGUUCAUUCUGGCCGUGGACACGUUGGACCGGGACCAGCUCUCGGCUCAGUACGUCCAGAACGUCAGACUCAGGAUCCAGAGCCUGCCGAUGUGGAACGAUGGCAGGAACCACCUCAUAUUCAACCUGUACUCCGGCACCUGGCCGGACUACACGGAGGAUUUGGGCUUCGAGGUGGGCCAGGCCAUGCUGGCCAAGGCCAGCGCAGACGUGGUCAACUUCCGACCCAACUUUGACAUCUCCAUCCCUCUGUUCUCCAAGGAGCACCCGCUGAAAGGCGGGGGCGCGGGUUAUCUGACGCUCAACGACGCGCCGCCGUCCAGGAAGUACCUGCUUGUUUUCAAAGGGAAGCGUUACCUAACGGGGAUCGGGUCUGAGACCAGGAACGCUCUGUACCACAUCCACAACGGGGACGAUGUCAUUCUGCUGACCACGUGUAAACACGGCAAGGACUGGGAGAAGCACAAGGACUCCCGCUGCAGCCGAGAUAACCAAGAAUACUCAAAGUUGAGCAAUUCUAGUCUAGCACCGGCAGAACUAAGAGAACCGUUCCUUAAGCUGCAUGGAGAUGGACAACACAAGAACCCAACGCUCGCUGAAUCCAAGGGGAAGAGAGCCAGAUUCGAUGAAAAGGCUCCUCUGCCUGUUCUCGGCUCUGUACCCAUCAACAAACCCAUCCUCACAGCAUCGUACCAGGUUCUCCGUCCGCCCGGGCCAGCACCGCCUUCCAGGGGUGGAGCCGUCUUCAACGACGGGCGGCUGUCAAAGUGUCUUAAAAGUCCUGAAUCUGUCUCGCUUUGCUGGAACUGGAAGCGUCUCUUAUUAUUCCUCCCAACGCUCGCCAACACGACCUGCAUCAAAGAUGCACUGAGACGGCAGGAAAGGGUUCGCCACGAAGAGGAAGAGGAGGAGGAGGAGGAGGAAGAGGAGGAGCAGGACAGAUAA